CCACUCCAUUUCUCUCAUCACAAACAACACACAACACACAGCUCUUCAAAACAAUCUCCAACCAAAGUCAAAUUCUGAUAAUUUUUUCUCUUUACUAAACGUUCAAUCUGUUCAGAUUAAUUAUGGCUGAAGAGUACAAGAACAGCGUUCCCGAGCACGAGACCCCAGAGGUCAAGGAUCGGGGAGUGUUCGAUUUCUUGGGGCAGAAGAAAGAGGAAGUGAAACCUCAAGAAACGACGACAAAGGUCGAUGAUGAAGCGAUGGAGAACAAGCAUACUCUCCUCGAGGAGCUUCAAGAGAAAACCGAGGAGGAUAAGCAAAACAAGCCCAGUGUAAUCGAAAAACUUCACGGAUCCAACAGCUCUUCUUCCUCUAGCGAUGAAGAAGGUGAGAAGAAGAAGAAGACCUAUGAAGGAGAGGAAGAGAAGAAAGGAGUAAUGGAGAAUAUCAAGGAGAAGCUUCCAGGCCACGGCAACAAAGCAGAGGAUCAUGAUGUACCGGUCGUCACCACCAUGCCAGCAACUCAUUCGUCGGACCAUGUUGUGGAGCAUCACCAAACCGAGGAAGAGAAGAAAGGAAUGACCGAGAAGAUCAAGGAGAAGCUUCCAGGCCACAGCAAGAAACCAGAGGAUUCACAAGUCGUCAACACCACGCCGAUGGUUGAAACAGCGACGCCAAUUACGGCGGAGCAUACGGCGGAAAAGAAGGGUAUUUUGGAAAAGAUCAAAGAAAAGCUUCCAGGUCAACAGGCCAAGACCAAUGGAGAGGAAGAGAUGAAAGAGAAAGAGGCUGUUUAAGCAAAAAAAGUUGAAAGAGUGAAUAAAAUGAUGUGGGAGUGGGACAUAUUUGCUAUGUUUUUGUCAUCAUUAUCUAUUUUUUUCUGUUCUGUUCUUUUCUUUAAUGUGUUCUCAAGUUUGUGUCGUUGUUAUGUAAUUUCUGUUUUGUCUUUUGUAUAAAAUUUGGGUAUGGUUUCUACUUUCUACGUAAUGUUUUCGAGUUUUUAUGUGAUUUGUGUGUUGGUUUG